AGGAAAAAUGACAUUUGGUGGGCUGGAUAACCAAGAUAUUCGCGCCAAAAGUGUUUGUUAUUAAUUAAUUACUGUUUUGGUGUAAAAACUUAUUAUUUGAAGAUAUCGGCAUGAUGGCUGGAGUUCAGGCGACAAUUCAAUUUAGGUCUCGCAAGAAGGUUUAUGUGGAUGAAGACGUUACUAACGAAAACAAAAAUAUAUUGAAUAUAAGAAAAACCAGUGAAAGGAAAUUAAAAAGAAAUAUUGGAGAGGAUAUAAAGAAAGACAUUGACGAUGAUUGUACUCCUGUAAAGGUAUCGCGGAAAGAAACCCUAGCGAGAAAAAACACACCAAAACGAGACAGUGAGGAGCAAAAUCUGAAACCUUUAACUAGCAGAGAGAAAGAAAUCGGAUGGUUAGAUAACUUCUUGACUGAACACCUUGACAAGGAAGAGUCUGCUUCACUCUACAUCUCAGGUCAACCUGGCACUGGGAAAACUGCUAGUUUAUCGUACAUUUUAAACUUACCCAAGUUCAAAGAAGGAUACAAACAAGUAUAUAUUAACUGCACCAUGAUGAAAUCAGCUGCUAGUAUCUACAGCAGAAUAUGCAAAGAACUCCAGUUAUCAACAUCGGGAACAACAGAGAAAGCUUGCUUCAAUGCAAUUGAAAAAUAUUUAAAAAAGAAACACAAAAUGAUACUUUUAGUAUUGGAUGAAAUAGAUCAACUAGACAGCAAGCGCCAAUCGGUUCUGUAUACAAUAUUUGAAUGGCCUGCAAUGGCCGACUCUCGCGUGGUAUUGAUUGGCAUUGCCAACGCAUUGGACUUGACGGAGCGCACGUUACCACGACUUCAGGCUCGUUGCUCUCUCCGCCCUCAAACCCUUCACUUCGCACCAUACACCAAAGAACAGAUUGUCAAUAUAUUUACCAAUGUAUUGGCUAAUGAAGAUAAGAGUAACGUGUUCUCUCCAGUCGCUUUACAAAUGCUUGCAGCUAAAAUAUCCGCGAUAUCAGGCGACAUGAGAAGGGCUCUAGACAUUGGGCGAAGAGUAAUAGAGCUCGCGAGAAGGACAAAGUUUUCAGAUAAUCAGUCCAUUGACAAUAUGAUGAAAGACUCUACAGUUACUGUGGAGUUGAAACAAGUUUUAGAAGUACUAAACGACGUAUACGGUGGCUCGCGGAAGAUCGAGUCGGACGCUGAAGAUGGAUUUCCAUUACAGCAGAAAUUGAUCUUGUGUAGUAUAAUGUUAAUGCUAACAAAAGGGAAGGUGAAGGAAAUCGUCAUGGGGAAGUUGCACGAUGUUUAUAAAAAGGUGGCGUCGGCUCGCAAUAUAGUGGCGCUGGAUAUGUGCGAGAUGAGCGCGGCGUGCGGGCUGCUGGAGGCGCGCGGCGCGCUGCGCGUGGGGCCGGGCGCCAGUGCGCGCGCGCGCCGCCUGCGCCUGCAGUGGGACCACGCCGAGCUCGCUGCCGCACUGCGAGACAAACCUCUUCUAUCCGCCAUACUCGAUGACGUCACCUGCCUACCUUCCUAGCACCUUUGUCACUCACACCAACUACAGAAAUUCCUAGGUUAGUUUCUAAAAUUUGCAUUACUAUGUAGUCCGACACACCCAGUUGUUUUUGUGGGUUAAUAUUUUUUAUGUACUAACUAAAUUGACUGCCAAUUUUAAAGAUUUAUGUUAUUUAAAUCUUAUUAUGAUUAACGACUCGAAUUUGUUAGUUAAGAUUAGGGGCCCGUUUCACAAAGUUUUAUUAAGUUUCUGCUAGUCAAGCUGACAUAACAAUGAUUUAUUAUUCAUUCAAAAUUUGUAGUUCAAGUAUUUGCCAGUCUAACUACAGGGAUUUAAUGAGACAUUGUAAAACAGACCAUAAAUGUUGUUGUUAUUGUAGGUAAGGACAUGUACUUGUUUGCCCUAGUGAUUGCAUCUAAACACGUUGAGUGCCUUCAUUUAAACAUGAAAUACUAGGCUGUGUGUAUAAAUGAUGAGAUGAACAGACUGUAUCUGUUAGCUUUUAAGAAUUAUUUGUUAUUUAAUACACGAUUGUUCAUUACAUAAGUGACUUUAAAGUAUAAUGUUGUACAAACAGUGAGCACUUCUAAUUUACUGUGUAGUUAUUUAUUUAGCUUGUUUAUAUGAAAAUGAAUUGCAAGCAAAUAGACCAUUCCAUCUGUGAGGUGUUAAGGUCAAUGGCUUAUAUAGUUUUAAAUGUUAAGAAAAUCCACCUAAUAGCUUACCUAUUUUUAGAUGCUAAUGUUGAUAUGCCGAUAUCUAGUGCUCACUCGGGUAUUGGCAAAGGCUAAUAAGAAAUAUAGUAUACUUGCAUAAUUUGGGAAUAAUACUUUAGAACAGUAUUUAUUUAUAUUUAAUUAAUGUAAUCACUGAUACCGAGUAAUCAAUAGUUUUAAUUAUUUUCACCAUAUAUGUGUAAAAUGUAGAUAUGGGUUAUUAGAUAGCAAUAUUAAUUAUUGCUCGUAACUGCCAAUAAUAUGUGCGACGUUGUAAGUUAGAUGUUUGGUUUUCCACGCUGUGUACUAUAACUAUACUUACU